UCGAUCCGGUUAAUGGCUGGAUUCUCACCAUCAUCAGUUACAUUGGAUGUGGAGUUUCCUCUUUAUUUCUGGGGCUGAUCUUACUGACUUACAUUUCUUUUGAGAAUGUGCGUCGUGACUAUCCCUCGAAGAUUCUGAUGAACCUGUGCAUGUCCUUGUUCAUGCUGAAUAUUUUCUUCCUGACCAAUUCGUGGAUGGCUUCGUUUAAGAGCUCAGGCCUCUGUAUCACUGUGGCUGCCUUGUUGCACUAUUUCCUGUUGACCUCCUUCUCGUGGAUGUGUAUUGAGGCAGUCCACAUGUACUUUGCACUGGUGAAAGUCUUCAAUAUCUACAUCCGCCAUUACAUGCUGAAGUUCUGCCUGAUUGGAUGGGGUUUCCCAGCAAUUGUUGUGGGGUUACUACUCUCGAUCAAUGUCAACCUUUAUGGUUAUGAAACAAAGCUGAAAUCUUCAAAUCCAGCAGACAUGUUCUGCUGGCUAAGGAAUGAUACAGCUUUCUACCUGUCGGUGGUAGUUUACUUUGGGCUGGUGUUCCUCAUUAACCUGGCCAUGUUUAUCGUGGUGCUCAGUCAGGUUCAGGCAAUGAGGAUGCAGAGACUGAGCAGCAGUACAAUGACCCAGACCCUGCACCAUCUGAAGAGUAGUAUCAGCCUGACCAUCCUGCUCGGACUCACCUGGGGAUUUGCGUUCUUCGCCUGGGGACCCGCACAAGUGAUCUUCACAUAUUUCUUCACCAUUUUCAACACUCUCCAAGGACUCUUCAUCUUUGUGUUUCACUGUUUAAUGAAGGAUAAUGUUCGCACCCAGUGGAGAAUUCACCUGUGCUGUGGCCCGUUUCAACUCAGCGAGUGUUCUGGGAAGGCAAUGGCCUAG